AUGGCGUCGCCCUUCAGCCGGGCGCUGCAGUUGACGGAUUUAGAUGAUUUCAUCGGGCCGUCGCAGGACUGCACCAAGCCUGUGAAGGUAGACAGGAGGCCAGGGAGCGGUACGGCCAAGAUCCACAUUGAGGACGAUGGGAGCUACUUCCAAGUGAGCCAAGAUGGGGGCGCACGGAAGCUGGAGAAAGCCAAGAUCUCCCUCAAGGACUGCCUGGCAUGCAGUGGCUGCGUGACCUCAGCAGAAAGUGUGCUCAUCACCCAGCAGAGCCACGAAGAGCUCCGGAAGGUUCUCAACGCCAACAAGGCAGCUCCUCCUGAGCAGCAGAGGUUGGUGGUUGUAUCAGUGUCUCCGCAGUCCACGGCUUCGUUAGCAGCGAGAUUUCAGCUGAGCCCCACAGACACUGCCAAGAAGCUCACCUCGUUCUUUAAACAGAUAGGGGUGCACUACGUGUUCGACACUGCCUUCUCACGGAAUUUCAGCCUCCUUGAGAGCCAGCGUGAGUUCGUGCAACGCUUCCGGAAGCAGGCUAACUCGGGGCAGGCCCUGCCCGUGCUGGCCUCUGCCUGUCCAGGCUGGGUCUGCUACGCGGAGAAGACCCAUGGCAGUGUCCUCCUCCCGCAUCUCAGCACCGCACGGUCCCCACAGCAGGUCAUGGGCGUUCUGGUCAAGGACUUCUUUGCCCAGCAGCAGCACCGGAGCCCUGACCAGCUAUACCAUGUGGCAGUGAUGCCCUGCUAUGACAAGAAGCUCGAGGCAGCCAGACCCGACUUCUUCAACCAGGAGUUCCAGACACGUGACGUGGACUGUGUUCUCACCACGGGGGAGGUGUCCACGCUGCUGGAUGAGGAAGGGGUCGUGUUCCCAGACCUGGAGUCCACCCCACUGGAUGCACUGUCCAGCUGUGCAUCCACUGAGGAGCCCAUCAGCCAUUGGGGUGGGGGCUCAGGGGGCUACCUGGAACAUGUAUUCCGACACGCAGCCCGGGAACUCUUUGGGAUCCACGUGGCUGAGGUCACCUACAAACCCCUGAGAAACAAGGACUUCCAGGAGGUCACACUCGAGAGGGACAGCCAGGUCUUGCUGCGCUUCGCCGCCACCUACGGCUUCCGCAACAUCCAGAACGUGGUGCAGAAGAUCCGGCGUGGACGGUGCCCGUACCACUACGUGGAGGUUAUGGCCUGCCCCUCCGGCUGCCUGAAUGGCGGGGGCCAGCUCAGAGCCCCAGAUGGACACGGCAGGGAGCUGCUGCAGCAGGUGGAAAGAUUAUACAGAACGGUGAGGACGCAGGCGCCCGAGGACGUGCCAGGGGUCCUCGAGCUGUAUGAAUACUGGCUUCAGGGUCUGGGCUCAGACAGAGCUGCACGUCUGCUACACACACAGUACCACGCUGUGGAGAAGACCAGCUCCAGCUUCAACAUCAAGUGGUAG